AUGCGCACUAGAGGCUGCUCAUCGGCCCGCCUUCUUCAGGCCUUCGCUCCUUCUGGGCCUCCGCCCCCUCGCCCUGUCACGCGCAUGCGCAGGCAUUUUUCCCGUGGCGCUCUGGGGCGCGCGAGAUUUGUAGAUGAUGGCCGGCGCUUGGGUGCUGGAUUGUUGCGGAGGAUCCUCUACCAGCUGUACAUGCGGCGAUAAGGGCAAGUGGAGUGACUCCUUGCUGUUGGGCAAGCGGCUCUCCGAAGACUCGAAUCGCCACCAGCUGCUGCAGAAGUGGGCGAGCAUGUGGAGCUCCACAAACGGGGACGCGUCGGUGGGCAACAAAGAGAAGGCGCGGCUCGAGGAGGCGGCGGUGGCAGAGGAGAGGCCGCUGGUGUUUCUGUGCUCUGGCUGCCGACGGCCGCUGGGCGACUCGUUGAGCUGGGUGACCAGCCAGGAGGACACCAACUGCAUCCUGCUGCGCUGUGUUUCCUGUAAUGUUUCUGUGGAUAAGGAACAGAAGCUAUCCAAACGUGAAAAGGAAAAUGGUUGCAUUCUUGAGACUUUGUACUGCACAGGGUGCUCACUCAAUCUUGGCUACGUAUAUAGAUGCACUCCCAAGCAUCUUGAUUAUAAGAGAGACUUGUUUUGCCUCAGCGUUGAAGCCAUCGAAAGUUAUAUUUUAGGGUCCUCUGAAAAGCAAAUUGUGUCAGAAGAUAAAGAGCUUUUUAAUCUCGAAAGCAGAGUUGAAAUAGAAAAGUCUUUAAAACAGAUGGAAGAUGUCUUGAAAGCAUUACAAAUGCAGCUGUGGGAGAUUGAAUCAAAAUUGCCCUUUACCAGUUACAAAAACUGAACUCUACUCUGUGUCCGUCACUCUGCCCUGUCCCUUCUACCCUUAUUUGUUAAAAGA